CAGAGGGUUGCAGCAGAGAUUUAGAAGAUCAUGUGCUGUUUUGGAUGUGUGAGACUGGUGUGGUGUUGAUUAUGAAGGCACGGCUCCGGGGGUUUAAGGGGGGUCUUAUGGGCCUUGCAUGCCAAAUACUACGCAGUAAUUCCUCUUUGCUCAUUCUGGCACAAGCUGAAUAACACUGUAACCGGCAAAGUGAGUAAAAAAAAAAAAAGGAGGUUUUAUUUGGAGCGCCGGUCCAAGUGAGACGGUGAAAUGGAAUUUUGAGCGCCAUGAUCUACUCCGCGCCACUCCUUGAAAGCGACACCUGGAGUUCUGAGUUAAAUUGGAUUUAACGCUGACCGGUGUGAGUUUCAGUGUGUCUCUGAUGGGCAUGACUCACGCUGUGGCUAAAGUUCUGCCUUCCACUAUGUCAGGGGAAGCCCAGCGGGGCGCUGCGGCCAGAUCCUGAACAGCUGGAACCUCUGGCACCGAGACCACACCCGCCAGGCCCAAAAACUACCACUCAGUUUUUUCAGAGUUUUCUUCUCGGACUUCCACUUCCUUGUUUCCUCUGGGCGAAUGCCAUCUGGACGGGGAGACAUUCCUGCUCCGCGCAUUUAUGAGUGCCUCAUGCCAGCCUCUCAGAGUGCAACCGGGCUUUUUUUCUUAACAAUAGAAGGAAACGAGCUUGUAAAGAGCUGGUGGAACGGACGCGGGCGAACACACACACACACACACACACACCUCUCCUGAAGUUCUAUUUACUCUUGGCAGAGCGCUGCGAAGCCCAGAGGAAGACCCACCUCAGAAAAGUAUGUCUGUCUUUGGGGAUGGGAGCAGUCUGAAAUGUAGAACACACACAUACAACUCCCAGAUUAUUUAGACCUCCGCUGGUCAGCCGUCGUUACGUACAAGACCUGCAACAUUCUGCCUCAACUCAAACCGGCACAUUCACGCAUGUAACGGGCUGACUUGUUGACCGCUGCCCCCGAAGUUGACCUCCAACGCGGCCCGCUGAGGAUGAUUCUUGGAAAGCGUGUGUGUGUGUGUGUGUGUUCAUUUGGUGUUUGUUUAUCUUUUUACCAUAUGAACAAAGGACUUUUCUGGCUCAGCAGCUGUCCUGCGGAUGACCCCGGCAAGACGUACGGUUCAGCAGGUCUGAUGUGGCCGGACUGUGAAAAUGUGUCGCUGGGAGGGAUGAGGGGGUGGUGAGAGGAGAAGACGAAGGGAGUGCGAUGGAUGUGCUGGUGAGUGAGCUGGGCGUCCUGCUGAAGAUGCUGGACCAGGAGAGCCUGAGCUCCUCCACGCAGGAGAAGAAGGCCUCCGUUUGGAACCUCCUGCAGCAGAUCCAGCCAUCGGUUUCAGGUACAGACUACAUCUACAUGAACUCGGCCGUGUACAGAAAUGGAACCAGCUUCGUAGAGUCCCUCUUUGAGACAUUCGACUGCGAGCUUGGUGGCCUAAAGGAUAUUACAGAUCAUCUGAAAGAAGACAAGAACACACCGACUGGCGCUUUAAAUCAGCAAAACUGUGCGGACUCACCGGCCCCGCCGCGCCCGGAGGCCUCUCCUCCCCCUCUGCCCACAACUCCUCCUCCCGAGGAGUACUAUGAGGAGGCAGUACCCCUCAGUCCCGGCGAGAUGCCCGAGUACAUCAUCACACGAAGUCAGUGUCUGACCUUUGUGUCAUUUAGCUCUUGGAAACCUCCCAUCAGGCCGAGCCCCCCCAACUCGAUGGAGGAUGGGUAUGAAGAUGCGGAAAACAACUACCCCUCUACCUGCAUAAACACUGAGCGCAAAAACUCCUACAACGACUCCGACGCUCUGAGCAGUUCCUACGAGUCCUACGAGGAGGACGAGGAAGAGAGGGGCCCCGGCGUCCGGCUCACUCACCAGUGGCCCUCGGAUGAGAGCUCCAUGACCCCCGCCAGGGACUGUCGCAUUUGCGCCUUCCUGCUGCGCAAGAAGCGCUUCGGCCAGUGGGCGAAGCAGCUCACCGUCAUACGGGAGAACAGACUCCAGUGCUAUAAGAGCUCCAAGGACACAAGCCCUUACGUGGACAUGCUCCUGCCGCAGUGCACCGUGGUCUACGCGCCGAAAGACGGCAAGAGGAAGCACCACGAACUCCGCUUCACGUUACCCAACGGCGAUGCGCUGGUGCUGGCCGUGCAGAGCCAGGAGCAGGCCCGCAGAUGGCUCCGGGUUGUUAGAGAGGUGAGCGGUCAGAGUGCCGGGCCAGAGGAGUCUGCGUCUCCCGUCAUUCGGAGAAAAACUGAACUUGACAAGAGACUUUCUGCAGAGAGGAACACAUCAGACUCGGACAGUGUGGGCGUCUCAACUGUGGAGAACUGCAAAGAGAACGGCAAAGUGAAGCGGGGCGCCUUUGCUGCGGGCCGCAAAAUCACACGCAUCAUCAGCUUCUCCAAGAAGAAGCCCCCUCGGCCAGGAGAUCCCCGGACUUCCUACACCGACCCUCGACAAGGCUACGUGUCGGUGCUGGUGAAUCAGGUGUGGAGGGAUCAGUGGUGCUGCGUGUGCCGGGGCUCCCUGCACUUCUACAACGACAAAGGCGACGCCCGGACCUUCCUGCCUUCACUCCCUCUCCACGGCUGCGACGUGGUGCCCGGGCUGGGACCCAAGCAUCCCUUCGCCUUCCGCAUCGUACGCCACUGCACGGAGGUGGCUGCCCUGGAGGCCAGCAGCUCUGAGGAACUCGGGAGGUGGCUCGGCGUCCUGUUGGCGGAGACGGGCUCCGCGGCGGAUCCCGAGUCGCUGCAUUACGACUACGUCGACGUGGAGACCAUCGCCAACAUCCGCGACGCUGCGCGGCAUUCCUUCCUGUGGGCCACAUCCUCCUCCAGCAGUUCCUAUGCAGACUCCAGGACAUACGACGAGGUCCCCAAUGAGGACGUGCAGGCAGGGGAGAACCGCAGGCAGCAGUCUGGGAAUCAAGUGAAAAGGCGCUCAAGUUUCUCCAGCAGCGACUCUGACAGGACGAAGCCUUCAGUCUCCCUCAAGCGAACGGGCUCCAACGCCAACCAAUACGGACGCUAUGGGAAAACGCGAGCUGAGGAGGACGCCAAGCGUUACAUGAAGGAGAAAGGGGAGCUGGAAAGGGAGAGGGACGGGAUACGGAAUGCACUCGUGACCCUGCGGAAGGAGAAGAGGGAGCUGAAGGAGGAGCUGAAGACGGCCUCUGAGAGGAGGAAGUUGUCCCUCAACAAGCGGAUGUCCCAGCUGGAGGACGCCUGUCGAGCCAAAGAGGCGGAGCGGGUGGACCUGGAGCUCCGGCUCACUCAGGUCCAAGAGAACCUCAAGAAGAGUCAGGCCGGCGGGGCGCUGGGCGCGCCUGUUGAGGCCAAACCCCCGGUUAAGGCCUCCCGCAAAAAGAAGCAGAAUAUCUACAGUGACUCCUUGCCGGUGAACUGCGCGGCAGAGAUGCGUCGGAGGCCUCUGUCGGUCUACGCUUCCGCGUCGGGCACCGUCAUGCAGAAGGCGAAGGAAUGGGAGUCGAAGAAAAAGACCUAAGAGCAGCAUCGUGAAGAGGACGGGAAAAAGAAAGAAUGAAUGGAUAUCAAAGAGGACAGCACAGACUUCUACCCAGGAAAACAACCGUAAUGAAAGAAAUCAGCCACUAGGUGGAGGUACAACUCACUGAAUAUUUACUCAUGUGACUUCCUAAAAGGACCUCUCUGGAUGGGAGGACGGCCUGCUCGCUGGAGCCAAGGAUCUCCUCUGUCUCUGGGGACACUUAUUCAAAUGUGGCGAAAAGACAAAAAGGAAAGUUUUAUGUGAGAAAGACACAAGAAAGAAAGGUUUUCUAAAGCGAAGUGCAUAUUGUCCUACAAUGAAAUGUUUAAUUAAUCACGUUGAGGCGCUAUAAGUGAAGUGUUGGAUGGCGGUAGUUCAAGCAAAGAUGUGCCUUUUUUAUAUAGCAUGUUUUUUUCUGCCUGUACAAAGACUACUGUUACUGUGUUUUAUACUUGUUAAUGUCCGUUACUCAUCAUCACUAACCUUCAGUUAUGUGCCAUGUGUUAUCAUUUCUUUUGACAGCACUUAUUGGCUUCUCCGCUCAGGUUGACGCUCUGCUACGAUGUAAAAGAAACAACUGCUGUACAAUCCUACAUCCAAUUGACUCUUUCUGGUACAAAUUGAAAAAAAAUAUUUCUGCUGUGUAACUUUUAUCAACUCCUUCUUCCCAACCUGUGGAUGUCUUGUGCACUUUACUGUUCUCCUACCUGGGAAUAAUAAAUGUGUCUUAUUCUCA